GAGCCGCAUGCGGCUCUUUCAUCCUUAAACUGCGGCUCCGAGUGGCUUGGGAAAAUAAAUUACUUUAAAAAAGUAUUUAUGUGUAUUUUAUUUGUGUUAGUUAUUUUUUUAGUGUUUUAGUUCUAAAUUGGAAGAUCUUGAUGCGAUCUUGAAAUAUUAAAUAUUGAAAUAUUAAUAAAUAAGUAUAUUUAAUUGUUUUUUGUCGCUCAAAAAACACGUCAGACUCGCGAAAGCCGGUAUUCCCGCCCGAACGUCAUACCAAUUUUCAACCCCAACAAGGACAGAUAUGGAGAAAUCUAAGAAAAGAAAGAUAUCAGAGGAAAAUAGAUCGUUCAUUGAUGCUUGGGCAGAUUCAUUUGCUUUCACCUCUAACGAGAGUGGCCUACCAGUAUGCCUAAUUUGUGGUGAAAAACUGGCCAACAAUAAACGGUCAAAUGUCGCAAGACAUUUCAAUAAUACACACGCAGCCUUUGCUGAAAAAUAUCCCGAGGGAGAAGAGAGAAAAAAGGCUGUUAAGGAACUGGCACGGAAGGCUGAUCUGACGAAAAAUCAAUUCAAGAGGUGGGUAAAGUCUUCAAAUUCAUCUACGCAUGCAAGUUUUGUGGCCGCUAUGGAAAUAGUCAGGCAUGGGAAACCGUUCACAGAUGGAGAAUAUAUGAAAGAAUCAUUCCUUAAGAUUUCAGAACACCUAUUCGCGGACUUUAAAAACAAGUCUGAAAUUGUGCAGAAAAUCAGAGAGAUGCCUCUCUCUGCGAAGACCGUCAAAGACAGAACCAUAAAAAUGGCAGAAAAUAUCACAAAACAACAAAUUAAAGACAUCAAUUCAGCUGCAGCGUACUCAAUCGCCUGUGAUGUGUCAAAAGACAUAAAUGAUAUUGAACAAAUAGCGCUGUUCUGCCGAUAUGUGAACUCCACUGGACCGCAGGAAGAAAUGGUUGAGCUGAUACCACUAAGAUGCCAGACACGAGGGGAGGAUGUCUGUGAGGCUGUUUUUGAGUGUUUACGAGCCAAAGAAAUAAAAACAACCCACCUAGUGUCAGUAGCUACCGAUGGGGCACCAAGCAUGACUGGAGCGCACAGGGGCUUUGUGGCGCUGCUGCAGAAAUCACUGGAUAGAAAGCUUCUGACUUUUCACUGCAUCCUGCACCAAGAGGCAUUGUGCGCGCAAACAUUCCCUCCAGAAUGCACAGAGGUCAUGAAUGUUGUCAUUCAAAUUGUCAAUAAAAUAUUGGCAAAUGGUUUAAAUCACCGCCAAUUCCGUGCAUUAUUGGAUGAGGUGGAGAGCACGUACUCUGAUCUGCUGCUGCACAACAGAGUCCGGUGGCUGUCCAGAGGAGAGGUGCUGAAACGCUUUGCUGCAUGUCUGGAAGAGCUGAAAACUUUCCUGAGAAGCAAAGGACUCUCCUUCCCUGAGCUGGAACAGCCAGAGUGGCUGGAAAAGCUGCACUUCAUGGUGGACAUGACAGCACACCUGAACACGCUGAACACGACUCUUCAGGGGAGAGGAGCCACAGCGCUGAACAUGCUGGAGGAGGUGUUGGCGUUUGAGCGCAAACUGACAGUUUUAUCCAGAGAUUUGCAGAGAGGCACACUGUCUCACUUCCCCUCUUUAAGGGAGUUCAAACAAGAUCACAAGCUGAUCAAUUCAGAGUAUUUGCAGUCUGCAAUCACCACAAUGCAAGCGUCAUUUGAAAAACGAUUCCGUGAGUUCAGAGAGGAAAAAACAACACUGUCCUUCCCCGUCACUCCCCUAAACAUCGAUCCAUCCCUGCUAAAUGUGACUGCAUUUCCAGGUGUGAGUCAACCUGAUCUGGAGCUGGAGUUGGCUGACAUAGCUGACAAAGACAUGUGGGUAUCCAAAUUCAAACGCUUGACAGGCGAUCUUGAAGAUGUUGCCCGUCAGAAGGCCACUCUUGCUCAGAAUCACAAAUGGAGUGAUAUUAAGAACCUUCCAAGACCGGACAAACUUAUGUUUGAAACCUGGAAUGCCAUCCCCGACACCUACAUGAACAUGAAGAAAUAUGCCUUUGGAGUCCUGUCGAUCUUCGGAUCCACAUAUGCAUGUGAGCAGCUAUUCUCCACCAUGAACUACAUUAAAAACAAACACCGUACACGCCUCGCAGAUGACAGCUUACAGUACUGCGUAAAAAUGAAAGUGACUUCGUACAGCCCGGAUUUGCAGACGCUGAGCGCAGAGGUUCAGGAGCAGAAGUCCCAUUAACAAGGUCAAUGCCGCUACAUGCCAAUGUGGCAGUGGCUCAGGCUUUCUGGCUCAGAGAGGCUGUAAAAGCUUGGAGUGAUCGUCAUCUUGAUUUCCAACUUUUAUUUAAUCAUUUAAGUGAUUUGAUCAAGUUCAUUGAUUUAUUGAACAAUUAGAUUUUUUCUUUCUUUCUUUCUGCUGAACAGUAAAAAAAAGUUUUUCAAGUUUGCUGUAACAUUGGUGUAGGAAUCUACAAUCUGGACUCUGUUCGAAUGAGCAAUGUUUAAUAUAACUUUUUUUUUUUAAGGAACCAGCAAAAAGUGCAAACUACAAAAAGUGCAAAAAAAGCAAAAGAAUGUGAAGUGACCGAAUGUCUGUACAAAUAUUAUGCAGUUAUUAAAAGAUAAACAGAUGGUGUUUGAAUUUAAAAUAUGCUCGAAAUCCAAGAAGCUUAUGAGGACAUUGUAGCAUGUUUUUGCUUUUGUUUGCUACAUGGAUUAUUUAAGUUCAGCCUUUUAAUUUAUUUGAAAGAGACAUUUAGACAUUGUUAUUA